CCAUAUGCCCUUUUGAACCUCAUAUCCACCAUCUUCCAUGGUUUCUGUUCAAGAAUCACACGAUUCCAAUCCGGGUCGAUUCCAGAUAACCCGACCCUAUUACACCCCACCUCCUUCCUCUGCUGCUUCUUCACCCUCCAGGUUCCAGAAGCAUCUCGGUCGCUCUAUGCGAACUGUUCGCUCUAAUCUUUUCCACUCUGAAUACACCGACAGUUGCUCCUUCGCCUCCACCCAACAACCCCCAACUUCUCUUCUUUCUGAAAACCUAACUGAUUCCGUCAUCGAUGUUCAUUUACAGCAACUUGCUACUGCCACUGCUAAGUCCAAAACAUCGUCUUCUACCGUCUCUUCCGAUGAUUUCCUCGGAAUUUCUCAAGUAUUCAGUGAUUUCUCGGCCUAUAGCAGCGAUAUAUCCGGAGAAUUGCAACGCUUAGCGUGCUUGCCGGAGGAUUCCAACGAGAAUGAUUCCAAUCAGGAGCAGAAGCCGGAGCCGGAGCCUUGCUUUGGGUUUUUGCAACGGGAGAAUUUUUCUACGGAGAUUAUCGAGAGUAUCUCGCCGGAGGAUUUACAACCGACGGUCAAGAUCUGCGUCGAUAGUCUCAGCUCCAGCUCCGUUGCCGUGAAGAGGUCGGCGGCGGCGAAACUGAGGCUGCUUGCGAAGAACCGAUCGGAGAAUCGUGCGUUAAUUGGUGAGUCCGGUGCUGUCCCGGCACUGAUUCCACUUCUCCGGUGUGCCGAUCCUUGGACUCAAGAACAUGCCGUCACUGCCCUACUUAAUCUAUCUCUUCUCGACGAGAACAAACCGUUAAUCGCUGGCGCUGGAGCUGUGAAAUCGUUAAUUUACGUUUUGAAGACCGGCACCGAGGUCUCGAAGCAGAACGCGGCAUGUGCGUUGCUUAGUUUAGCCAUGAUUGAUGAAAACAAGGUCUCGAUCGGUGCUUGCGGAGCGAUCCCGCCAUUGGUGUCUCUGUUAAUCAACGGUUCAAACCGAGGAAAGAAGGACGCGUUAACAACUCUGUAUAAACUCUGCUCCAUGAAAGCGAAUAAGAAGAGAGCGGUGACGGCAGGCGUUGUGAAGCCAUUGGUGGAGUUGGUGGUGGCGGCCGGAGAGGCGACAGAGGAACAAGGGGCUGUGGGGAUGGCGGAGAAGGCGAUGGUGGUGUUGAGUAGCUUGGCGGCAGUCGAAGAAGGUCGGACGGCAAUCGUAGAAGAAGGUGGGAUCCCGGCGCUGGUGGAGGUGAUAGAGGACGGUGCAUCUGUGAAAGGGAAGGAGUUUGCCGUCGUAACGCUGCUACAAUUGUGUGAAGGGAGUGCAAGAAACCGAGGAUUGUUGGUCGGAGAAGGUGCAAUUCCACCUCUGGUGGCUCUUUCUCAGACUGGAACUGCUAGAGCCAAGCACAAGGCUGAAACACUUCUGGGGUACUUGAGGGAACCAAGGCAAGAAGCUUCUUGUUCAAGUCCAAAGUAAAGGUAAUUUGCUUUCAGAUGAUAUAAUAGUAGUAUGUGUCUGUUGACUUGUUGUAUAUAGGAAUUUUCUCUUGUACAGAGUGGUUUUGGGAGUCUUUUUAUAAAAGAAAAAGGAGUUGAGUAGUAGUUGUAAUUAGUAUCAAGAUUAGUGACAAGAAAGCUAAGCUGACCUUAGGUUUUGGUUUGUUCAUUCUGUUUCUGUUUGUUGUAAAAGAAACAGAGAGGUCGUAGCUUUGUUUGCCUAUUAUGUUGUCGACUUGAGAGUUAAGAUUCAUAUAAUUUGGUGCGAUAUCGU